AUGAUAAUUCUUUCAUUAAAUAUUCGAGGCGGCGGGAAUUGGGCUAAGCGCAAGAGAGUCGGAUUCCUAAUUCAAAAGGGAGAUGUUGAUCUUUGCUUCAUUAGAGAAACAAAACUUAGCGGAAUCAGUUUGGAUUCGGUUAGAGAAUUGUGGGGAGGCGUUGAGGUUGAAUGGUCUUACUUGGAUGCUAACGGAGCCUUUGGUGGUAUUCUAACUAUGUGGAAGAAAGACUUCUUUUCUCUCAUUUAUAGUUUUAGAGGAGAAGGCUUUCUAGGUCUAUGUGUGGAGAAGGAUGGAAAACUAACUUAUUAUGUCAAUGUCUAUGCCUCUUGCGACAAAAUCACUAGGAGAAGAACUUGGAAGAAUCUUUGUGAUUUCAAGAAUAAUAACACGGUAGGAUCUUGGUGCAUUGGGGUCGACUUCAACUCUAUCUCUACUCUUGAUGAAAAAAUUGGAGUUACUAUUAGAGAUUAUAGUAGGGAUACUAGAUCUUUCAAUGAUUUCAUAGAGGAAAUGGAGUUGGUGGAUCUUCCAACAAUUGGCGACGAUAUUAAGGUGGAAGGUCAAUAUAUAGGAGAGAGGGAUGUGUCGGAUCAUGCUCCCAUUUGGUUGAAAAACAAUAGAAAGGAUUGGGGUCGUAAGCCUUUUAAGUUUAACAACUUAUGGCUAAAUCAUGAGGAGUUCGAUAAUUUUGUCGAAGAGGAGUGGAAUAAACUAGAAUUUAAAGGGAUAGGGGAUUAUUGCUUGGUUGAAAAGUUGAAAAUCCUUAAAAGUCGAAUCUCUUGGUGGAACAAAACGGCUUAUGGUUGGAUUGACCCCAGGAUUGACAAAGACGUGAAAGAAAUGCAUUCUUUAGAUAACUUGUUUAUUCAUUUUGCAGGUAACGCUCCAGAAGAGGUGGUUGAGAAAAGGUUGAAAGUAGUGGAGGACUUUUGGUCUAACCGAAACAAAAAAGAAGGGCUCCUUAGAUUAAAGUCGAGACAACUUUGGCUCACCGAGGGGGACGAUAACACACGAUUUUUUUCAUAA